AUGGGACAAUAUAGCUACAGCCAACCCAGUUCAUCAGAGGAGUAUGAUAUAGACUUAACUUCGCUUCUUCAAGCAGAAGCUGAUAUCUACGCGGAUGAAGCUGAGAGUAGGCAGAAUAUAGUUGAGUCGGUUGAGUACGUUCCUCAACCUGAGGCUGAUGAUGGAAUCCCCAAGACCUGCUACUGUGGUGGUGAGCCUGUCGUUGCAACAGCUUACACAAGGAAAGAUCAAGGGAGAAGGUACUUCACUUGUGAGAAUGCGGAUGAUGGAGACUGCCAUAUAUGGAAAUGGUUGGAUGUGGCAGUCAUGGAGGAGUUUGGUGACUAUCAGAGACAACUUAGGGAGCUUAAGGCUCAAGCUGACGAGAGUGAGGAGAAGCUGGUAAAGGUUGAGAAGACAGUGGGGGAGUUAGCUAAGAGAAAAACCGGAAUCACAAAUGGCUAUCCACUGGUUGUUUGUGUGAUGGUUAGUCUCAUAUUUGUAAUAUGUGUGCUAGUCACGUUCAAGUGGGAAGAGCUUCAGAGGAUGAUAAUGCGACUCUCUGCACUUUAG